AUGGAGCAGGACGAGGCAGCAUAUCCGUGUAAAGGAUGUGGAGAGAUACUCGAGGAAGGAAAGGCCUUCGAACUGGCGGGCAAUCGAUGGCACAUAGACUGUUUCCGCUGCAACACCUGCGGUACCAUCCUCGACUCGGAUGCAAACCUCCUCCUGCUCGGCGACGGCUCACUCAUCUGCAACAAUUGUACAUAUAGCUGCAGCGUCUGUAACAAUAAGAUAGAGGACCUCGCCAUUCUCACGGGAGACCAGGCCUUUUGCGCUACGUGCUUCAAGUGUCGGAAUUGCAAAAAGAAGAUCGAGAAUCUCAAAUAUGCUAGGACUUCACAGGGCAUAUUUUGCAUGGAAUGUCACGAAUCCUUGAUGCAAAGGCGCCGGAAGAAAUCUCAAAAGAACGGCUCAAAUCGUCAUAAACAUCUUCAGCAACCCCAGAACAACACCAUGUUGCUGGACAAGUCCUUGCCAUCUCUACCGCCAAGCGCCGUCAACCAAAGUGCCUUUCCGCCGGACAAUGAGAGCCCACCUUCAGAGGGCUACUCCGAAACACCUACCGAACUCCCACCUGGCGCGCACAACGUGCCAUCGAAUUUGAGAUCAAGGUCGGAGACUGGAGCACCGGCUGAAAUACCCCGAGGGCCUCCAAAAAGGCCGCCGAAUUUCAGAUCGCUUUCAUCAAGGAGUGAGAAACGUGAAAGGUCACCUAUGACUCAAGAAGACGAGCGCAAAGAAAAUAUCACGCUACCCAAUACCACCUAUCAAAACAAUAGACACUCAGUUCAUUCGCAACUAUCUGAUGGAUCUGGAAAUGGCGAGGGAUUCUUCAUUCCCAUGGCACUUGAUCCCAACCCAGCGCCUGGACCGUCUCCAUUAGCUAGGCGGGAGUUGUUCGACGAGCAAAAAAGUACACCCAAGUCUCAACCGAGCGAGAGCAAACCUACCGCUCGAGAUUACUUCAACGCGAUAAAUUCCGCGUCACGGAAAUCGCCAAUCGAGAAAGAAAAUACUCAGACAGCUCCCACCCCUGUUUCGCCAACUAGCUCUCGCCAUUCAUCUCCGCCUUCUCAACCGCAAAGUCCACACAUUGCAUAUCAAGAAAGAGGUCGGCAACUGUCCACUGACCUCACGGAUCAAGUCCGCAGCAAGAAAGAGCUUGGGAGCAACUCAAUCAAUGCAAUUGCCCACGAGACCCCACGAGCCACUCCAGGCGAGGAGCCUCGUCCUCGUCGGAACGGCGAGACAACUAAUGGCAAGUUCAUGCUACAAGAAGCCCCCAAGAAGAAGAGGAAUUCGAAGUCAGACCCGAUUCCGCCAACGAGAGAUACCUCCAUACCGGCGUCAAAGACGAAGUCUGCGCCAGUAACGGCAAGUACACAGGUAAAAGAGCAACAGGUCAUAUUAUCUUCGCAUGAGUCCCCAACCUCCUCACGCUCUGAAGCAACUCUAAGCGGCUCGCCUCUUGACACCCAAGGUUCGAGAAGUUAUACUUCGACGGAUUCGCCAGUUUCGCAUACUUCGCCGUUGAGUACGCAAUUAAAAAACCUGCCGGAGAGGGGCGAUUCUUUGGCUAAGCCAUCGCUUGGCAAACAACCUAUUCCCAGGAGAGAGAUGGAUGUAGCAACUGUGAGCAAGCUGUCGAAUAAUGUGUCAAAUUUUGAGAGCGGUUACGAGAAACCAGCAUCGGCACCAGCUACAACGACUACUCAACCACUUGCAAACACCAAUGGGAGUAGAGGCGUUACAAGGGCGCAGGACUCCCCAUCAGCUGUCAACUUUGCUGAUGCUCCGCCGCCUCCUUUACGUGCCCGCGAACGCCUCGCUCAGCAAGGUGCCUCCUCAAGCGAUUCCUUUGUCGCACCCAGAGUGCCUCCGAACCCUCCGAAUACAGCAACUUUCAAAGCAAAGACCGACUUGAUGAAGCCUGAAUCGCCACGCAAUGGGGACUCCUCAGGCUCACCAAAUAUGCGCCACCCCGCAGCGGAAGGUUUCACCAUGGAUAAUGACAUAGCUCACGCUACGAACACUGACGGACAGCAAGACCAAGGUGGCUUCCUAAGACGUGUCUCGCAUUCGGUCCGUCACGCUCGGAGCUACAGUGACAGAGGUACCCGUCUUUCUAGGGAACAAAAAUGGCCCAAGUCACCUCUCGUUGGAUCGAACAGUCCUGGUUUUGCCAAUGAAGUCAGCAGUCCCACAGCCUCAUCGCCAGAGAACAAAGAAGAGCUCAGACGGUACAAAAACGAAAGUCGUAGGGACAAGCAGAAGAUGACCGAAAUGGAGCAGAGAAUCGUCGAAUUGGAAGCAGCGGUUGAAGCCAGGACCAAUAUCAAACAGAUGAACACAGAACUGCGGGAAAAAAGAUCUACGAUGGUCGUACUGGACACACAGAAAGAGAUAGUGGUCCGGGAGUUGGAGGUUCUGACAGAGCAUAUCGCUGCAGCCAAGAAAAGCGGCGACCCACUGGACGUUGGUAACUUGAGUAACGCGGUACUAAGAGAGUUUGCGGAAAGCCUACAGAAGCUGAAGGAUUCUUUUGCGCCGCAAAUCGAAGAGCUGACGCAGCGAAGGAACGAUUUGACCGAAGAAAUCUUCAACCUCACUCAACUGAGAGAGAGCAGCUUUCAGGAAUUUGAACAGCUGUCUUUGAAGAAUGCGCAACUCGCAGAUCUCAAUAAUCAGCUUGUCCACCAGGUCCAAGAGCUUCGAAAAGCAAAUGAGGGCCCUGCUCCUGACGUUGUCCGACCUCAAGCCAAUGGCCUGGGUAUCUAUGCACAGAACCAAAAUAGUAGGUCUAACUCUGGGAUGGACGUUCGGGAUUCACGGCCCUCGUUCACGGAAAGUACUAUGACCGGAUCCACCGUGGUGCAGGAGAACGAAGUCGAGCCUGCAACAUACUUGACAGCACCUCAAGUGGUCAAUAUCCGAAAGGCCCAACCAAAGAAGUUCAACUGGAAGAAAGGAGGUCACAACGUUGCCAAAGGCGUCACGAAAGGCCUGAAGGGAGCGUUCUCUAGCGAUGGGAACAGGAAUCAAAGAGAAGGCCAGUAUCCUGAAGGUAUGCCUUAUGGAGCUAUGCAGCAGCAAGAAUAUCCCAGCGGUAGCCUCUCCAGGAAUCAGAGUCAUGACCCAGCGCGACCAGGAUUCGUAGGCUUCUUCGGCAAUCAGAGGGGAAGGCAGCAGCCGUGGAAGAACUCGCCCAACGGUAGCAUGCCUGCUAUCAAUCACGAAGGUGGUCCAGCUUUGUUUGGCUCCGAGCUUGAGCACCGCGCAGAAUACGAGCGGGUGAACAUCCCCGGUAUCGUAAUGCGUUGUAUCCAAGAAGUGGACGCCCGAGGCAUGGAUAUCGAAGGCAUCUACCGCAAAUCUGGCGGCAACUCCCAAAUCCAAACCAUCAAAGAAGGCUUUGAACGCAGCAACGACUUCGACAUCUCUGAUCCCGACCUCGAUAUCAACGCCGUCACCUCCACCCUCAAACAAUACUUCCGAAAGCUUCCCACACCACUUAUCACCUACGAAGUAUACGAUAAACUCCUCGAGACUCUUCCACCUCCUGGGCAGAACCCAAUGGAUAUCGACCCCUCACAUCCGGCCCACCCCAAUAAUCCCCUCAACCACACCUACCGCGUGAGCAGCAUGAGAAACGCAAUCAGCGAGCUACCCACGCAUCACCGUGAUACGCUGGAAGUACUGGUAUUUCAUUUGGCGAGAGUCGUGGAGCAGCAGGCGGACAACUUGAUGACGAGCCAGAACGUGGCGGUUGUGUUCGCACCCACUGUUAUGCGGCCAGAGAGUCUGGCGAGAGAAAUGCAAGACACGCAGGCCAAGAACGGGGCCGUGCAAUUCUUGAUUGAGCAUUGCCAGGAGGUGUUCAUGGGUGACGAUGAACGGAGAUGA